AUGACUAUCACCUCAGAUGCAGAGAAGCUGCAGGACGAUCUAAUCCAACUAGCAAUCUGGGAAAAUAAAUGGCUCAUGCGGUUCCACCCAGAAAAAUAUCCAUCGAUAGAUAUAUCAAACAGUACAAAAGUACUGUACGGACAGGGAGCAGACUUAGUGUGCACUCUAGACCCUGGCUGGAGCAGGUGUGCUUGGAAAUCUGUACAAAAUGAUGAAGAAAUAUUUUCUAUAACGUCAUGUAUUAAUAUAACAACCACAAAUUAUUCACUUAUUUGUAAUAUCAACAUUGUUACUCUUCAUGUGGACACUCCAGUUCAUCAGGAAGUAUUCGAAUGUGCAGGAUAUUACUUUAUAGGUGACGAAACGCAUUCACCCAAAGGAAAAACCAUGAUAUUCAUAUAUACAGAGCCUCCACGUGUUCAAAUUUUACCUUCAUCUGAUCCUACAGAAUUCUUCAGCUUCAAAUUACUUUGCAUUGCCAUAGGCCAACCUAUCCCGACAGUUGUUUGGAAAUACGAAAAUGAAGAAAUAAGCCGUGCAGUUGGUGAAAACACAAUUGUUUUUCCGAAGCUCAAUAGAACAGACAGUGGAAAUUACUCAUGCGAAGGAAUUUCAUCAUAUCUAGGAACCACAAUGAAAAAUACUUCACAUUAUAUCCUCACUGUUCAGUAUACACCGUUUGCUCGGAUCAAAAACUUAGUUGUAAGCUGUAGUGACAAUGUUUCAAUAGACUGCUUAAUAGAGGAAGGCAUGCCAACAAAGUAUAACUUGCUUAGAUGGGAACACAGAUUCAAUGGAACUUUUAUUCAGAACCUCAACAUCAGCGACAUGCAAUACUUUAUCAAUCACGUGACUAUCAGCGAUUUAGGUGAAUACGUCUGUGUUGUAUCAAAUGGGGUGAAGGAUAUCAAUGGAAAUGUGUUCAUAGAGGGCAUUGGAAACCUUCUGGCUAGUAGCUGUUCACCAGUCAUAAUCAGUCUAGAAGACUCUCUGCUUCAAGGAAUACUUACAUUAGAAUUAAGGGUCAUUAGUAUUCCACCGGUAAAGGAAGUACGUCUUCUUCACAAUAGGGAGUAUAUAUACAAAAAAGAAACGGAGGAAGGAGCAGAGAAUGAUUCUGUUAUUGUUAUAAGCUGCAUAUCUGUGGUUGCUGUAGCUUUCAUCGUAUUCGUUGUCAUUAUUUGGAUGAGGAAACGGAAAAUAUUAAAGCCAGGCAUGUCCUUCAGAAAGUCUCAUAAAAAAUUCCGGUUGGAUGAUGAGGGAUAUGACAGCUCUGGAAAGAUAGAUGAGGGAACAUGUAUCAACCCAUGUGAGAUUGAUGACCAAGAUGCAAGGGACGGAAAUAACAUGGAAUCAGGAAGCCAAAAAGAUUAUGCUAAAACUGUGUAA